AUGGCUUCUAAAUCUUUUUUCAUAUUAGCACUCUUUAUUUCUAAAAUAGUAAUUGGUAGUAUAGGUUUUGUUAACGCUGAUCCCUCCAUGGUAGUCGGUUACGAUCCAAUGGAAAUCUGUAUAGAAAACUGUGCCCAGUGCAAGAAAAUGCUCGGAUCUUGGUUUGACGGACCUCUGUGUGCUGAAUCGUGCAUAAGAAACAGAGGAAGGUUUAUGCCCGAUUGUGAAGAUUUCGCAUCUAUUGCACCGUUUCUCACCAAGAUUUAA